CGAGGCGUCCCUGCGGGCGGGGCCUGCCCUCCGCAGCGAGGAGGCCGCGUCCAAUGGCGGCCUGGCCAGCGCCAUUGGCCCCGCGGGCGAGCGUGCCGAACGCCGGCCGCUCGCCCGAUAGCGCUCACACGCAGCCCUGCGGUCCAGCCCGUCGGAUCGCGUCAACCGUCCCGCGUCCGUCGAGAGUGCCGUCCUCGUGAAACCCCGGACCGGUGUGUGCCCCAGCCUCGCGGUGGCCUCGACGUCGACGUCGGCGUGGCCGCGCGCCGCGUGGCAGCACGAUGCGGCCGAACUGCGACCCUCCCCGGCUGCCUGUCCCUGCCAGCUGUGCUCGAGCGGCGCCGACCACCGACAGCAGGCGAGUCCGGCCGCGCUGGCGUCGCUUGAGCGCGAGUACGCGGCCGCCUUCCCGUACGGGGGCCCCCCGCCCCACCAGCCCGUCGAAGACAUCAAGCCCGUGGUGUCCUCCAGCCCGCCGCAGCAGCUGGGGCCCACGAGCCUGGUGGGCCACCACGGCGGCGGCCCGCACGGAGCCCAGCACCCCGGCCAGGCCGGCGGAGGCCACGGCGGCCACGGCGGCGGAAGCAAGAAGGACCUGGACCGCGUGAAGCGGCCCAUGAACGCCUUCAUGGUCUGGUCCCGGGGCCAGCGGCGCAAGAUGGCCCAGGAGAACCCCAAGAUGCACAACUCGGAGAUCUCCAAGCGGCUGGGCGCCGAGUGGAAGCUGCUCUCGGAGGCCGAGAAGCGGCCCUUCAUCGACGAGGCCAAGCGGCUGCGCGCGGUGCACAUGAAAGAGCACCCGGACUACAAGUACAGGCCCCGGAGGAAGACGAAGACCCUGCUCAAGAAGGACAAGUACCCGUUGGCCGGGGGCUUGCUGUCCGGCGACGCGACGCGCCCAAACAGCGCGCCGCAGGUGGCCCGAGACAUGUACCCGAUGAACGGCUACAUGCCCAACGGCUACCCUCCCGCCGCCGCGGCAGCCAUGAUGCACGACGCCUACCAGGGCUACGGCUCGCAGAUGCACGGCGCCUACCCGCGCUACGACCCCCAGCUGCCCUACGUGAACGGCUCGUACGCCUCGGCCGGCCACUACGCCUCCAUGCCGCAGAUGCAGCUCAAGUCGUCCGCCGAGUCGAGUCCCACGCCGCCCCAGGGAUCGCCGGGCAACCCCAGACGGGCCGGCUGCACGCCAGACCUCAGGGACAUGAUCUCCAUGUACUUGCCGCAGGGCGGUGAUGCGCAAGACCACCGGCUCGCCAUGCAGGCCCACUACCAGCAACAGCAGCAGCAAGCAGAGAUGCAGUAGCGCUCUCGCCACGCACAUCCCCGCACAGGUGAGUGCGGACAGCCCACCAAAGAGCCCCUAAGUUAUUUGGCGAGCCCUGUACAGUGAAAUAGAGACGCAGCCGGGACCCACGGCGCGCGCGGCCGCCGCAGCCAGCAGCAGCACCCCCCUGAUGAGUCAGCGAAAAAAUAGGAGCGAGCAGUUUUGGGACUGUGCGUCGGUCGGCUAGGAUUCUUGACAGAAUGUGGGGGUACGCGGUGGGACCCGGGUAUUGAGGCGACGCGCAAAAAUCGUCCUGGCGAGAGCCCGUGGUCCCCGUGUCGCGCAAGGUUGCCCCCCCAACCCUUCAGCCCUCGGCCGUGUGCAAGGACACUUCGCCGUUGGCGCCGCAAUCCGUGUGCUGUGUUUGUUUUUGGGGACUCGUACCUGUAAAUCUUUUUUUUUUUUUUUUUUCCUGUUGUCACGUGUAAGACCCGAGGAAAAUAACCAUUUGUACAUAAGCGCACUUUCACUGUCACAUUGAACGAUGCGACAUUACAAAAAUAAAGGACAAAAAAAAAAAGGUCUUCGAUUA